AUGCCCAUUGCUGUCUACCCUCCACUGCCGCCGCUAACAGAGCACGACCUACGACUGACGCAGGAGACGACUACAAGAACGGCAGUAAUUCAAGGGAGUGAGACGCGGCGUCAAGUAGAAGCCCUGGUCCAGCAUGCAGCUGCAGCGCAUCAAAGCAAUGCCGAGCAGAUUGGCCAGGUGCAGCUCCAGCAAGACCGACUUGCAGAGCAAACGUCAGCAUACCUGCAAGCCCAAAAUGACCGACAGUCGGCCCUAAUUGAGCAGCAGCAGGAGAUGCGCCGUCAAAUGGACGAACACCGCCACUACCUGGAGGAACAGUAUAAGGUGCUGAGGGCGGCGGAAGAGGCGGUUGGACUUCAAUCACAAAGGCUUGAGAGCCUUGCAGAGGCUGUGCAGCCGCAUUUGCAGGCUCGGUGGGGAGCGUUCGCGCAAGGUGCAGCGCCGUCAAGUACUGAACGACCACCGGAAGCUGCUGCUGUCACUGUGGCAGCAGGAACGAACCUGCCAGUCCCGCCGAUAUACAGAGGAAGCUCCAAAAAAGAAAAGAGGGACUUCAUGGACAGCUAUGCGAUCUACACAAGGCGCAUCAAGGCCUUGAACCAAGGAACGCAGGCGAAGUUUUUUGUGAUGCCACUCAGUGCUUGCAUCGAGCAAGGCACGAUGGUUCGUAUUGCGGUUUCGAACUCUUCAAGGAGGAGAAGGACGUCACCGAAGCCGAGUAGAGAUACUACUUUUUGUCGGCGCCUGUACCAGAUAACACAGCGUAUAAUACACUUGAUAGAGAAGUCAAAGCUCUUUGCAUGGACAUUGAGCUGCAAGAUGCGGUGUAACGGGGUUACACGAGAGUUUCCCGAAGGGUUACGAAGUGGGUACACACUCUCUAACCUAAAUAAGUAG